CGGCCUACCGCCCCGCGGGCUCAACCUGCGCCGCAGCUCGGGGUUUCCCGACGUCUCCGACGGGUCCGGAGGAACCGCAACGGGAGGCGAGCGGAGGGCGGGGCCUCGCGCGCACGUGACCGGGGCGGGGCCGGACCGAGAGCCGCUGCCAUCCGCCGCCAUGCGCCGCCGGGGUUCGGCCUGCUGGGUGGUGUUGCUCGUCCUGGGGCUCUGCUGCGCGCACCGGGCGCGCUCCCGGAACGUGCUGCUGAUCCUCGCGGACGAUGGAGGCUUUGAGAGCGGUGCUUACAACAACAGUGCCAUCAGCACCCCUCACCUGGACGCCUUGGCCCGCCGCAGCCUGACCUUCCGCAGUGCCUUCACCUCUGUCAGCAGCUGCUCUCCCAGCCGGGCCAGCCUCCUCACCGGCCUGCCCCAGCAUCAGAACGGCAUGUAUGGCCUGCACCAGGACAUCCACCACUUCAGCUCCUUCGACGGGGUACAGAGCCUCCCACUGUUGCUGGGCCGCGCCGGCAUUCGCACAGGCAUCAUUGGAAAGAAGCACGUGGGACCCGAAACGGUGUACCCGUUCGACUUUGCCUACACGGAAGAGAACGGCUCUGUGCUCCAGGUGGGGCGGAACAUCACUAGGAUUAAGCUGCUGGUCCGGAAAUUCCUGCAGUCUCUGGAUGACAGGCCCUUCUUCCUCUAUGUCGCCUUCCAUGACCCCCACCGCUGCGGGCACUCCCAGCCCCAGUAUGGGGCCUUCUGCGAGAAGUUUGGCAAUGGGGAGAGUGGCAUGGGGUGGAUCCCAGACUGGACCCCCAAGACCUACAACCCCCAGGAUGUGCUGGUGCCUUACUUUGUCCCUGACACCCCAGCGGCCCGAGCUGACCUGGCCACUCAGUACACCACCAUCAGCCGAAUGGACCAAGGCAUUGGACUCGUGCUCCAGGAGCUGCGUGGAGCAGGUGUCCUGAAUGACACCCUGGUGAUCUUCACAUCAGACAAUGGGAUCCCCUUCCCCAGUGGCAGGACCAACCUGUACUGGCCGGGCACCGCCGAGCCCUUGCUGGUGUCAUCCCCGGAGCACCCGCAGCGCCAGGGCCAGGUCAGCGAGGCCUCCGUGAGCCUCCUAGACCUCACGCCCACCGUCUUGGAUUGGUUCUCCAUCCCCUACCCCAGCUACACCAUCUUUGGCUCAAAGACCGUUGAGCUCACUGGCCGGUCCCUCCUGCCGGCGCUGGAAGCAGAGCCCCUCUGGACCACCGUCUUUGGCAGCCAGAGCCACCACGAAGUCACCAUGGCUUACCCCAUGCGCUCGGUGUACCACCAGGGCUUCCGCCUCGUGCACAACCUGGGCUUCAGGAUGCCCUUCCCCAUCGACCAGGACCUCUACGUGUCGCCGACCUUUCAGGACCUCCUGAAUCGCACCGUGGCCGGCCGGCCCACCGGCUGGUACAAGGACCUCCGUCACUAUUACUACCGGGAGCGCUGGGAGCUCUAUGACAGGGGCCGGGACCCGUGGGAGACCCGGAACCUGGCCGCUGACCCGCGCUACGCACAGGUGCUGCAGCUGCUUCAGGCCCGGCUGGCCGAGUGGCAGUGGGAGACGCAUGACCCCUGGGUGUGUGCUCCUGACGGCGUCCUGGAGGACAAGCCCUCCCCACAGUGCCGGCCGCUCCACAAUGAGCUGUGAGGGCCGCUGGGCAUGUGCGCCUCCCCAGGCCUAGGCCCCGACUCCCAGCCAUUUCCGCUGAUGGGGCACGAGGGGCACAGCCCACAGCCCCUGCCUCCGCAUCCCGCCUGAGGGGUGAGCAGGGCGUGUGCCCUGGCCCUUCCCCCACCCCCACCCCCGUGUUCGGGGACCCUGCUGACCUGUGUCUGAGCCGCGUCCCAGCACAGGAGUUGUAGGAGACCCUGGGAUGGGGCGGAUUCCCAGCCCACACCAGGUGAGGAUGGUGUGGACAAGGGGUCUUGUUUUCUGAGUUGGGUUGGGGACCUGCGGAUGGAAGGGACUGGGACCUAGGGCUUGAGACCCUCUUCAUUCUUUGGAACCCGCAGUUGUUCCUGGGCCUUCACCCAAGAGGAGAUGGGGCUCCCACCAGUCAAGCGGGCGGCGGUGGGCAGGUCCAGGCCUCACUGUCCGUGCGAGCACGGUGUCCGGCUUAAUCCACCGCUGGUCUUGAGGAAAGCUUUGAACCAUC